AGUCUUGACUCUUCUAGUUAGGGCUUUAGCUAACCACAAUGACAGCAAAGCUUUCUGGAUUGCUUACUGCUGAAGAUCAGGUACUUUUGACACAGUAGAAUUUGAGCCUCUGCGCUUGCCGUACUCCAGAAUUGCUUUCCUGCUUCCUCUCAAUGUACUUUUGUACUCGCUGAACUCCGGGGCAGUCCAGCCUUGGGAUUGCUGACAGCUCGAACUCGAAGGCCCUGGACCCUCCACUAUGGCCUUGACCCCAGAAUUGAGCAAACAAGCAAAAUGGAAAGAGAUAGCAGGGAUUCCCCUGGCAGCUGCGACCGUGGACAACUGGAACCAGAUUCAGGCCUUCAAGGCCAAGCCAGAUGACCUCCUCAUUUGUACUUAUCCUAAAUCAGGGACAACAUGGAUUCAAGAGAUCGUGGACAUGAUUGAGCAGAACGGGGAUGUAGAGAAGUGCCAGCGAGACAUCAUUCAACAUCGGCACCCUUUUAUUGAGUGGGCACGGCCACCCCAGCCAUCAGGUGUGGAUAAAGCCAAUGCGAUGCCAUCCCCAAGGAUACUAAAGACCCAUCUUUCCACGCAGCUGCUGCCACCGUCUUUCUGGACAAGUAACUGUAAGUUCCUUUACGUGGCUCGGAACGCCAAAGACUGCAUGGUUUCCUACUACCACUUCUACAGGAUGAGCCAGGUGCUCCCAGAUCCAGGCACCUGGGACGAGUAUUUUGAAACCUUCAUCAGUGGGAAAGUAAACUGGGGAUCCUGGUUUGACCAUGUAAGAGGAUGGUGGGAAAUUCGAGAUAGAUACCAGAUUCUCUUCCUCUUCUAUGAAGAUAUGAAGAGGGACCCAAAGCGUGAAAUCCAGAAAGUAAUGCAGUUCAUGGGAAAGAUCUUGGAUGAAGAGGUGCUGGAUAAAAUCGUCCAGGAGACAUCAUUUGAGAAAAUGAAAGAGAACCCUAUGACAAAUCGUUCAACGGUUCCCAAAUCUAUCCUGGACCAGUCCAUUUCCCCUUUCAUGAGAAAAGGAACUGUGGGGGAUUGGAAGAACCACUUCACUGUGGCCCAGAAUGAGAAGUUUGAUGAAAUCUACAGACAGAAGAUGAAGGGAACGUCUAUAAACUUCUGCAUGGAACUCUGAUCAAGAUGUAGAUAGAUGACAAGAACAUGGGAGCUGCUGCUCGGGCAGAAGAAGUUCUGAAAGCACACUGUGAAAUACUCAAGACUGUGGCUCAGUCUCUAUGAAUUUUAACACCAUGUUAUAAUUUCAUAAACGUGGAUCAUGGCUAAUGUGUAAUCUUUCCACUAUUCACUAUGAAUUAGUAAGUCAACUUAAUAAUAUAAGGAAAACAUAAAUAAUACUUGCAUACUACAAAAUUCAAGUUUCCAUUCUUUUAGAACAGUGAUUCUCGACUUGCAGGUCAUGACCCCUUUGGAUUUAUAGUUCAGAUAUCCUGCAUGUCAGAUGUUUGUAUUACAAUUCAUAACAGCAAAAAUGCAUUUAUGAUGUGGCAACAAAAUAAUUUUGUGUUUGAGGGCCACUGCAACACAACAAGGAAAUAUAUCAAAGGAUGUAGCAUUAGGAAGGUUGAGAACCACUGUACUAGAAGGUAUGGCCUGACUCUGAAGUAUUCUACCCUAAGUACUAGCAAAGAAAUAAUAGAUUUUAUCUCUAUGAAUGUACAUGAAAUUCCUAAAGUCAUUCCUGCUCAGUCAGGGUUUUGCCUGGCUGAAAUGGAAAGAAUCAUUGUGUGGAUGAUGUGUUGCAAGCAGGCCUUGGGAACACGUUCAACCUGGUGCGAGGAAAAUGAGGGAAAGACUCCAAGGAGAUGCCAGAAAUCCCAACCUUAAUAAAGGGAAUCCUGAAUCUGUGCCGUUAAAGCAGAAAGAAAGCAUUAUAUUUUGAUGAAAGUAGAAUGAAGGCAUGGUGCUCAGUUUGGAGCCAACUGGGUUUUGAUCUACAGUCAUGCCAUCUGAGGAGCAAACUGUAACCAAACCAAGUGUGUCUUUCAUCUAGCUUCCAUAUUUGCCUAUUUUGACUGAAGCUGUCUGUAUUUGCUGGCCAGCAAGCUUAUCUCUACCUCCUGCUAUGUUCCAUGUUGAAAAGAAACAGAUCAUUUUCUGGCUAGGUACCACUCAUCAGACUUGAUCAGAUCAGCAAUUUAAACACACCUGGAGCCAAACUCCAGAUUGCUUCACUGUUCCUCCACCACCCCCUUAAGUCUAAGUCCAUCUCCCCUCCUCCUCCUUUCCUCCUUUCCUUCCUUUCCCCUCCUCUUCCUUUAUCAAUCCUCUGUUGCUCAUCCAUCUUUCUCUCCCUACCCAGGUGCUCACCAAAUCACCACGGUGCUCAUCACUGGGUCCGUGCUAGGUAUAUCUUAGACAGCAAUGUUACCAGGGAACAGUGCUAGGUAUAUCUUAGACGGCAAUGUUACCAGGGAACAGUGCUAGGUAUAUCUUAGACGGCAAUGUUACCAGGGAACAGUGCUAGGUAUAUCUUAGACGGCAAUGUUACCAGGGAACAGUGCUAGGUAUAUCUUAGACGGCAAUGUUACCAGGGAACAGUGCUAGGUAUAUCUUAGACGGCAAUGUUACCAGGGAACAGUGCUAGGUAUAUCUUAGACGGCAAUGUUACCAGGGAACAGUGCUAGGUAUAUCUUAGACGGCAAUGUUACCAGGGAACAGUGCUAGGUAUAUCUUAGACGGCAAUGUUACCAGGGAACAGUGCUAGGUAUAUCUUAGACGGCAAUGUUACCAGGGAACAGUGCUAGGUAUAUCUUAGACGGCAAUGUUACCAGGGAACAGUGCUAGGUAUAUCUUAGACGGCAAUGUUACCAGGGAACAGUGCUAGGUAUAUCUUAGACGGCAAUGUUACCAGGGAACAGUGCUAGGUAUAUCUUAGACGGCAAUGUUACCAGGGAACAGUGCUAGGUAUAUCUUAGACGGCAAUGUUACCAGGGAACAGUUUUCAUUUGGAGACCUAGAGGAAACGACUUCCUGGUGACACCCCACGUUCAGCCAUGAACAAUUAAAGAAGCUUUUCCCCACACAGUAA